GGCGCGUCUUCAUAAGCUACGUUACACAUCUGAUUGUGUUUUAGGUUUAGUUGUUGUCGAUUACUGCGUCUGAUAAUAUCCUUGACAACGGGGUGUCGUGAAUUACGUAUGCUCAACAUCUUAAAGAGCGUAUGGUCCAUUCGAACAAUUAUGAGGAUGAAGAUCAUAUCGCUAGACUUAUAUGCCAGCGUUGUUCAAAGUCAUUUAAAUCCCAUCUUACACUAAAGCACCAUACUGAAGGUUGUGGUAGAGCAUUCUUAUCAAACUCUCAUCUCCUAGCUCACAUGACAACACAUACCUCUGAUAGGCCUUAUUCCUGUCCAGUACAAGGAUGUUCUUAUCAAGCUCGUACAGCCGGUCGACUUGCUCAACACAAAAUUAUUCAUGGUCAAGGUCGUCGUUUUUCCUGUGAUUAUUGUGAAUACAGCGCCACGACGUCUUCCAAUCUUCGCCGCCAUGCUCGUAUACAUGCUGGGGCUAGACCAUAUUUAUGUCCUCAUUGUCCUCACCGUACAAGCGAGCUAGAUGCUUUGAAAAAGCACGUUCUAGACUCUGGCAGGCAUCCAGGUCUACCUCUUUAUGUGUGUCCUUGGUGUCGAUCGGAGUCUAGCACAGUUUGUGUUGGCUUUAAUGCUUCAGGUCUUGCAUGGAGACAUCUUCUUAGUGAGCAUUCAAGUGAGAUUAUGAAACCAGAAACACUUAAUCGAAUCGGUCGGUUAUCUGAAAAGUCACUUUCGGAGCGUGAUGUCACUCGUCUUUUGGGUAUAUAUUGUCCGGAAAUCGAUUCAACCCAACCACCAGAGAACACUGCUGUUAGGCAACCAUCUGUUACUAGCCGUCGUAGAAACAAAAAAAUAGAGACUCUUGGUAGAUCCCAUCUUUCUGGAGAAAAUGAAGUGCCGAUUAUAGAAGCCAAACAGUCAAGUUCCGCAGAAAAUAAGAAUCUCGUUGAAGAGGCUAAGACUGCAUGUGAGGCUAAGAAUUUUAACAGUUCACUCAUGUCUUAUUAUUUAACUGAAAUUGAUAAUAUUUUUGUGGAUGCAUUACCUAAAAUUGGGUUUCCUCGAUGAUUAAAUAUUAACUCAACUACUGUUGUGCUCGUUAUCCCUCGUAGAGCCAUAGUCUACCGACCAAAGUUCUCCAACCAACUCUGUCCUGGGCUCAGCUUUCAAGUUAUUCCCAACUUCUGUUCAUUCUUUUCAUACCUACCGUCAAUCCCCAGUUCAAUGUGUUGCUUAGUUUACCUAUUUUCCUUUCAUUUUGAGGAUUUUAUGUUAAGGCCUACCGUAUGACGCAGUUUGUUGAUUUCCGCAAUGUAUGUUCUAUCCACCUACAGCGUUUUUUCUAAUUUCUUCCUCAGCUGGAAGUUAGUUUAUUCUCCGCUGCAAUAUGUUGUCGCUGAUGGUGUUCCAUGAUAUCUUCAUACUCAUUGUUUUUCAUUCCGACCUUAAAGUCCAGGUUAGGAUGAUCAAGUGCUUUUUUCUACGAUUGACUGUAGCUUCCCAUAAAAGUGAUAUUUCUCGUCUUCGUUGCUAUUUAUUGUAAUGCACUCCUUAUAAACUCCUUUCACAAUUUUGCGUACAAUGGAUUUCACUUAUUCCAAGCACCAUCCUCUUGUAUCUUUUCAUUUUCGCAGUAACUUGAAUGUUUCUAGCAGUGUCCCACAUUCUGUAAACAUUACAUAUGCGUAUAUUAAUUGUUCCUUUGGUUGUUGGAAGGAGCAUAAGCUUUGUGACUUUCCAAGACACUCAGCUUUCACCAUAAAACAUCAUAAAUCUUCAUGAAGACCCUUCUACUCAUAUGAAUUUUUGUGGCUGGCGUUGUUUGUCAAGAUUGUUUUCUACGGAAUUGGUUUGCUAACCCCAUCUAUAACCCUAUUUUAUCCGGUCUAGGGAUUUCAGUAACCCUAUAUAUAUACAAUACGUAGCUCCACGGAAUUGCAUCUGCGUUGGGACCCGGGAGUGUUUUCAAAGGUCCACUACGAAGUCCAAAUAUGUACCGGAAAUCUGCCUGGCCGUUUCUGGUUGUUCAGGACUAUUAGACCACCAACUUUUCAAAAAUCCCUAGUAACUUAUGUGUGAAGUUUUAUUUCUCCAUUUUUUCCAUCAGUGAGUUGCCACACCUUAACAAACAUAUCCACAAACUAACACACCUGUUUCUGUAUACUUUGUCGUUGGCUUAAAACCACUUUAAAAAUCUAUUUGUACCACAAAUUUUUAUUUCUAACAUUGGUCCUAAAUAAACCUCACUUGAAAAAGCUUAUUUUGUCAUGAAAAUCUAGUUCUAAAUACUGCUUCUUCCUACUGUAGUAAUUGCUUAACUUUCUUCUUUUUUACAGCUUCCCCAAUUCGUUUAAAUAUUCAGAAAAAUGAUGAUCUGUCUUUUUACAAUCUUAUCCAAAUUGGUUCAGGGGCGAUUUGGUCACGUAAUACAGCACAGAAUUUUAUACAUAACUUAUGAUAUGGAAUGUAAAUAAAUCACUUAUAUUCUUCUCUUUUAUUUGUUUCACUUCACCAGAUUUAUAGUUAAUGUAAAC